AUGACUCCGGCAUAUAAUGGAGAAGGUUACAAGAUAAGCAAGGAGCGGCUUACAUCAUUCCGACAUCCUGUCAGGCUCUUUUGGCCCAAAUCUAGAUCCUUUGACUAUUUGUAUGCAGAGGGUGAGAAGUUGCUGAAGAACUUCCCAGUUCAGGCAACUAUUAGUUUCUACGAGGACUCUGAGGAAUCAGGCAGCGACAUGGAAGAGGAUGAUGAAGAGGAGGACAAGAGCCAGAGGUCUGGAUCAGUCCCUUUUGUCCAGAAGUGUGGCCAUCUUUCCUGAACAUUAGGGCUUACCUGACUCUGUAAGCUGACCAAUCGUGACUGAGCCCUUGCCCAUGUUGCUGUCUGAGGAAGCACUUAAUAUUGGAGUACACUGUUGUAAUGUGAACCUCCCAUGUGUUGCCAUUGUACUGAACACAUGUGGCAUUUCAUGCUUGAAGGAGACUCUUGGAGGUAGAGAAUACUGCUAUAAAUCUCUGAGAUUUCAGCGCAGGCAAAUGCUCCACCAAUAUGUUGGGGAGUGGACAGACUCUUCCCACACAGGUGGCGCGUGCCUGCUUGUUUUUGUGGAAUUAAGGAAUAAAGACUUUGUCUAAUAUGGCUGCCCUUCUCAGGGAAUAGUGUCUACUGGGAGGGGACUAAAAACCAGGCUUCAAGGAAAAGAGGCUGCUUUCUGAGUCCUGAUAAAAAUGGCUGGAUUGAAUGAGAGAUGUGGUUGAUCAACAAAGAUUUCUCUUAUCCAGGGCAAUUAUUUUUAAAUUUGCUAUUGCAGAGCAUAUGCUGUACCUUUAAAUGUACUUCAGCCAUCUGCUGAAAGUAGCAUCAGCCACAACACAGAAAGGAUAUUGUGAGAGUGAACUGUGAAUAGUCCUGUAAGAGCUCCCCAACUCAUUUGGCUGUCAACAGAGGGAGACAAACUGAGCGCUCCUGUGUUAAAAAAACACUGCAAUAGCGCUAUCUGGUGGCCAAAGCUGGGAACUCACCCUCUGCCAGAACUGAUUUUUUGUUAAAUUCAGUGGGCAGACUGAUGCAUGAUUAUCUCCACUUUCUGAACAAUCCCUCUAUCUCUCCCUUGAUUUUGCAUUAAUAACAGCAUUUCCUUUUCCGUUUGUCUAUCAUAUUCAACAUCUUUACUAUUCACUUAAUGAAUCUGAUGCUGUGAGCUCAAGCUACAAUAAGUGUUAUUGAUCUUGCUGGUGCCACUGCUCUCCGUUCUUCUUGCUUACUUAAUUGUGCUACUAUUAUCCUUUGUUUUAUUCGCAAAUAUAUUUGAUUGCAUUGCACAAGUGGCAAGGAAGGAAGCAGUGAAAUCUCCAAGAAACAGGAGAAUCCAGAAAUGAUCUUUAGAUGUUCUGCGUAUGCGUAUCCCUUACGGAUUCUAAUGUUUCCAAACGUGCAAAAUAACUUAUAACGCAACAUAAACAUUCUGGGUUAUUGAUUGCUCCUGUUACAACUUGUGGAAUAGUUGUAAAUAGUGUGACCCUAAUUUGUCUGCCACAUAUGUAGGUGCUAUAUCCCCCCUGAUUACUGUGGGGGUAUGUAAAUGGGCUUGGAGACUAAGCCUGUGAAAAACAUCCUUAAUGCCCCUUAACUACUAUGGAUGUUUCCUCAAAGGGGCAAGAUGCCUUUUUAAUUGGUAGUUCAAAUACCAAUUAGAGGGGGAGGUGACUCCUCCCAUCUGAGGGAAGAGGCAGAGGUACGAUGUGUGUGUGUGAAGAAAAAGCUGAGUUUGGAAGGAGAAAAGCAGACAGACUGCUGCCUAUCAGCCUCUGGGAUGGAUUCUGUGUCUUGGGAUCUGAUGUGUGACAGCGGACCUGCCACCCUGUAGGAGUGCCUCUUGGCCUCCCUUUGUGCACUGCUCAAUAAAGCAAGUAGUAUAAAAGCA